UGUCCCCCAUCCCUGAUGUCAGGGGACUUAUCCUCGUGUCCCUUGCCCCAUGUCCUUGCAGGGCGCCAUGAGAGCCAGGAGCCCUUCUUGGCCUGGCUGGUGCUGCUCAGCAACAUGUCCUCAGUGCCCUGGGUGCACUCAGUGAGCUACGGGGACGACGAGGACAGCCUGUCCUACGCCUACAUGGAGCGCGUCAACACCGAGUUCAUGAAGGCGGCGGCGCGCGGCCUCACCAUCCUCUUCGCCUCAGGUGACGACGGUGCUGGCUGCCGGCGGGAGCACAGCGGGAACCACACGUUCCGGCCCAGCUUCCCGGCCUCCAGCCCCUAUGUCACCACGGUGGGUGGCACGUCCUUCAAGAACCCCUUCCUGGUGACAGAGGAGGUGACAGAUUACAUCAGCGGGGGCGGCUUCAGCAAUGUCUUCCCCAUGCCUGAGUACCAGGCCGCUGCUGUCGGGCGUUUCCUGCGCUCAGCCUCCAAGCUGCCCCCCAGCUCCUACUACAACAGCAGCGGCCGCGCCUACCCCGACCUGGCCGCGCUCUCCGACAACUACUGGGUGGUGACAAACCGCAUCCCGCUGCCCUGGGUCUCGGGCACCUCGGCGUCCACGCCGGUGGUGGCAGGCAUGGUGGCACUGAUCAACGACCGGCGCCUGCAGCGGGGGCUGCCGCCCCUCGGCUUCCUCAACCCGGCGCUCUACCAGCUGCAGAAACAAGGGCUCAGUGAUGCCUUCUACGAUGUGA